CUCCUCGAAGCCGCACGCGCAGACGCCAAGAAGACACGCAAGUACGACUCCGCACAAGCCCGACACACCAUGUUGGAGAAGUGUAAAGAGAAGACAGGACUCACACCGUACAAGGAGCAGCUGGACUUGGGAGAGUGCAUGCUAUUGGGGCUCGAUGCAACUUGCAUUGCUGGGACGGGCUGGGGCAAGACACUACCAUUUGUGCUUCCCUUGUUUGUUUGUCCACGUAAAAUCGUUCUUAUUAUAUCCCCUCUUAAUGUACUGGAGGCCGAUCAAGCCGACCGUCUUCAGAAGAUGGGCUUCAGGGCUAUUGCACUGAAUGGGACAACAUAUAAUGCAGAUGUUGAGAAAGUGAGUUUG